UUGUGAAUGAAUGUGUAUAUGAAAAUGGUGAUGGAUUGGGUGUUGACAACUCUUGUGUUGGUGGCUGCUGCCGCCAUCGAUGGUGCUCGUGGAGACACGACGGUCACGGGCACUGUUUUCUGUGAUCAAUGCAAAGAUGGCCAGUUUGACACUCUCGAUUAUCCUCUUGGUGGGGUGAGAAUAUUGCUGGCUUGUCCAGGGGAGAACGGGCAGUACACCGUGGUGAGGGAAGAAACUACAAACUGGUUAGGUGCUUACACGGCGUCAUUUCCAGGUACUUCGGACAUGGGGGGUUGUCGGGCUCAAGUCGCUGACGACGGGCAGGGAUGUGGGGCGGUGGUCGGUCCUGCCCAGGACUUCAGACUUAGUUUGAAGAUGUUUGAUUCUCAAAUGUAUACUGUAGAUCCUUUAGUUUCCCAACCUGAUGUGCCUUCACCCUUGUGCCUGUCACUCGCAACACCAUUCCCAUCAUUGCCUCCGCCCUCGUACCUUCCUUUGACGCCUUCACAGCAGCAGCCGCCAGUGUCGCCCCCUAUGACUGAGUUGCCGGCUUUGCCCCCUCCGAUUACCGAGUUACUUCCGAUGCCGCCCUUGCCUCCGUUGCCACCCUUGCCCCCUAUGCCAACACAGCCAUUCUUUGAAUCUUCAGCUUGUCCGUACCAGAUGUGGAUGAUGGCCCAACAUAGAUGCUAUUGGAUGUUGGACCCGGAACUAAAAGUUGAGCUUGUAUUUGGGUCAUUGGCUUCAACAAUAUACGGGCCAAACAUUACAUUACGACAAAGCAUUAUUGGGAUAGGCGAUCCUUAUCAAACACUUCUAAGGGAAGGAACCACUGCUCUCUUAAAUGCCUACACCAGCACCCAAUUCGUUUACCAGCCCGAUGACAUUGUUAGACGGUUGAACUGGGCAUUGACUGAUGGAACCUCACAACAACUUCUUAUGGCGGCCCUUCGGUUCAUAAAAGCAAACUCAGGCCAAACCGGAAAUACUACUUGCAAAUUCAGUGUUUGCACGUGAUCAGAUAAUGAGAUAAUCGCGUGUUACUUUUGUUGAUGAUGAAUAUGAUUAGACCGCGAACGCUUAUUGUGUUUAA